AGGGUAGCAACCUAACAAAGGACGCACCAGGAAGGUUUUAAUACAUUGUGCAUAUACACUAUCGAUUGUAUUAUGUACCAUUACUAUCCAAUAUUUCCGUUAGGUUGUUUACCUGAACUUGAUAGUUUGAUUUUUGAUACUUCCCUUAUAUUCAUAUUGUUGCUCCUCUCUAUCGUUUGGCGUCAGUGUUUAACGUCUUUGUUCAUGGUGCUGUACUGCUGUCUGCGUUUUUAUCGACAAAUUUACUACCGACAUUUCAUUGUUGCCGUCACCGCUUUGUUAAAUUGGAAAUUAUUUAAAAAUAACAAUGAAUUCAUCAGUAUAUUCUGAACGUAUUAACUUAAACGUUCUUGGUCAAGAUAACACAAUUAUUCAAUUCAAAAUUAGAAAAAUGACACAAUUAAUUAAAUUGAUGAAUGCUUACUGUGAAAAAACUGGUCUUGCUUAUAACUCAGUAAGAUUUAGAUUCAAUGGACAAUCAAUUAACGAGAUUGAUACGGCAGUUUCUUUAAAUCUCGAAGAAGGUGAUACGAUUGAAGUCUUCCAACAGCAGACUGGUGGUUAUUAUUUUUAAAAUGUGUAAAAUGGUAUUAUAAUAGUUAUAGCUUUUGUCAAACAUAAUGUAUUUCUAUAGUUGUAAGACCUACUUAACUGUUAUUAUCAUGUAAUUAUUACAGGCUGAUGACAUCAGAAGUUGAAGCCUUAUUCAAAAAAAAAAAAAAAUAAUAUUGCGAUUAUGAUAUAUUCAAUAUGGUUUAUUAAAGAUGUUCUAUAUUUUUAUAUUUAGAUUUAAGAAAUGUUAAUAUUAGGUUUAUUUUUGUAAAUUGUCAACUUAUGGGCCCAAGCAGACCGCCCACGACCUAAACUGUUCAA